AUAUUUGAGCAUGUACUAAUCAGUUUGAGUUUUUGGUGAUCAGUUUAAUCAUAGGUUAUGUAGGACUCAAUUUCAAAAAAGAGUAUUUUAGGAUCAGUCUUAGAUUGUGGGGAUCAGUUUGAGUUUGUGGAUGUGAAUUUUAGUAUAUUUGGAUAAUAUUGAGUUUGUAGAGAUCAGUCUGAGUAUGUGGGGAUCAGUUUGCACAUUUUGGGCAUAUGAGGAUCAGCUCAAGUGUUUUGGGGUCAGUUUAAAAGUAUAAGGAUCAGUUUGAGUUUUUGAGAUCAGUUUGAGUGUAUACAGUAUAUUUGGGGAUAUUAAUCAGUAUGAGUUUGUGGUGAUCAGUUGGACAAUUUGGGAAUAAGUUUGAGUAUAUUUGAAUCAAUUUGAGUAUGAGAGUAUCAGUUUGUGUACAUAGGGUAUAUGGGUAUGAGUUUGAGUAUUUUAGAAUUAGUCUGAAUAUGUGGGGAUCCAUUUGAGUAUUUUGGGAUCAGUCCGAGUAUGUGGGGAUCAGUUUCUUCAUAGGGUAUGUGGGACUCAGUUUAAGUAUUUUAGGAUUAGUCAUAGUAUGUAGGGAUCCGUUUAGCACAUUUUGGGUAAGUGGGGAUCAGUUCCAAUGGAGUAUUUUGGGGCCAGUUUAAAAAUAUAUGGAUCAAGUUUAGUUUUUGGGAUCAGUUUGACUAUACAGUUGAAGUCAGAAGUUUACAUACACUUAGGUUGAAGUCAUUAAAUCAAAUUUUUUAACCACUCCACAGAUUUCAUAUUAGCAAACUAUAGUUUUGGCAAGUCGUUUAGGACAUCUACUUUGUGCAUGACACAAGUAAUUUUUCUAACAAUUGUUUACAGACAGAUUGUUUAACUUUUAAUUGACUAUAUCACAAUUUCAGUGGGUCAGAAGUUUACAUACACUUAGUUAACUGUGCCUUUAAGCAGUUUGAAAAAUUCCAGAAAAUUAUGUCAAGCUUUUAGGCAAUUGGCAAAUUAGCUUCUUAUAGGCUAAUUGGAGUCAACUGAAGGUGUACCUGUGUUUUGUUUUUUUCUCCCCAAUUUGGAAUGCCCACCCGGAUUGAGGCGUAGUGACUCGCCUCAAUCCGGGUGACGGAAGAUGAAUCUCAGUUGCCUCCACGUCUGAGACCGUCAAUCCGUGCAUCUUAUCACGUGGCUUGUUGUGCGCAUUACCAUGGAGACAUAGCACGUGUGGAAGCUUCACGUUAUUCUCUGCAGCAUCCACGCACAACUCAACACGCGCCCCACCAAAAGUGACCCACAUUAUAGCGACCACGAGGAGAUUAACCCAUGUGACUCUACCCUCCUUAGCAACCGGGCCAAUUUGGUUGCUUAGGAGACCUGGCUGGAGUCACUCAGCACGCCCUGGAUUUGAACUCGCAACUCCAGGGGUGGUAGUCAGCGUCUUUACUUGCUGAACUACCCAGGUACCCCCUGUGGAUGUAUUUUAAGGCAUACCUUAAAACUCAGUACCUCUUUGCUUGACAUCAUGGGAAAAUGAAAAGAAAUCAGCCAAGACCUCAGAAAAAAAAAUUGUGGACCUCCACAAGUCUGGUUCAUCCUUGGGAGCAAUUGUACAAACAAUAGUAUGCAAAACACCAUGGGACCACGCAGCCAUCAUACCGCUCAGGAAGGAGACUGUGGCAGCAGGGGCUUGGUCAAGCAUCUCUCCGGAGAAAGAGAAAGCGGUAAAGCUCAUGAAGUACAUCUGUAAACAGUUGCAGUGUAAGCAGAAGGUGCCAGACACAGAGCGGCCAGCUGCCCUGGACAGCUACCCAAGACUGGAGGAUUGGUUACGCAUUAUCAACGUCAGACCUGAGCUCAUAGAGGCAGUGAACGUGAAGCUGUCAUUGGACGCUCUGCUGCAGAUGCCCAGCAGUCAGGUGCAGGAAACCAUGAGAAGACUGGGCUCUAGUUCAGACGAGUGUACCAGGCUGUGUGCUGCUCUCAACUGUUUAAAGAGUGCCUCUGUGUCAGGGGAGUUUAAAGAGGACAGCUGUUGUUGGUUCUCUGAGCCUACGAGACGGGACAGUGGUGGCUUAACUCCAGUGGAUCAGAUUCCGUUACUGGGAGGUUCCCUACGACCACACAGUCCUUCUCCUCUGGCCCGGCCCCCUACCACACCCUCAACACCCCUCACCUCCUGCCCGUACCCCCGCUACAUCCUGUCGCCCGGAGAGGUUCAUAUUUCACAUGGUUACGCAGAGAGUCUAACCGACCCCAGCCCGUACUACACGUCUCGGCCUGUUCGACUUCACGGACACACCUCGACUCCGCCUAUAACUCCGCCCUCAAGGAGGAGACAGCGCCUCAAGCCGCCAUGUACCCCUCCUCCCCCUUCCCGCAAAGUUCUACAUCUACUCCCCAACAUCACACUGACCCGCAGCAAAAGCCAGGAGAGUCAGCUCGGCAAUCGCAUCGAGGACACGCCCACAAACAAGUGUGUGAAGAAGAACAAGCUGUUGCUGAAUGUCCAGAUUAAUGGAAAUGGCUGUGAGGACUCUCCAUCUCGCUCGCCCACUCUCUCUGCACGGACCCCUGGGCCAGCACCUGCCACGGCCCCUUACACCCUGCCGGGUACCCCUACCCUUCAGGAGGAGCACAGCGGACUGAGGAAUAAUGUUACCGUCCACCGCAGUUCUCCUCAGGCUCUGCGGAGAGACAUUGGUCUGGCUGUCAAUCACAGGUUCUCCACAAAGUCAUGGCUCUCCCAGACAUGUCAGGUGUGCCAGAAAAACAUGAUCUUCGGGGUAAAAUGUAAGCACUGCAGGUUAAAGUGUCAUAACAAAUGCACUAAAGAAGCACCGCCCUGCAGAAUCUCCUUCCUGCCCAUCACAAAGAUUCGUAGGACUGAGUCUGUACCCUCGGACAUCAACAACCCCGUGGACCGUCCACCCGAACCGCCACAGUUUGGGACGCUACCAAAGGCAAUAACAAAGAAGGAUCAGCCGCCAGCACUGAAUCAACUGGACUCCAGCAGUAAUCCGUCCUCCACCACUUCCUCUACACCUUCCUCUCCCGCCCCCUUCCAGCAGAGCAACCCCCCUAGUGUAACUCCACCCCCAAACCCCUCCCCAAAGGGUCACCGUGAAAACCGUUUCCACUUUCCAGCUGCCUGUUAUUUCCAGCACAGACAGCAGUUUAUCUUCCCUGAUGUGUGCAGUUCCAGCCUUCUUCAUUCUGAUGGACUCCCAGAUACAGUCAAUGAGAUCGACCCAUCUGUGGAGGAGAUGCACGCAGAACAAGAUGAGGAUGAAGAAAGAGAGGAGCUAGAGGAGGAGGAAGAAAUAGAGGCAGAAGAGGAAGAGGACGUAGCAGUGGAGGAGGAAGAAGAAGAGGAUGAGCUUGAGGAAGAAGAGGAUGAGGAUAUGGAAGAACUGAAUGCCGGCUCAGAGGGAGAGUGUGAAGGAGACGAGUUGGACGAUCUGCCCAGCACGCGAGGAGGAACCCACUGGAAGGGACCGAUCUCCCGUAAGGCCAGUCAGACCAGCGUGUACCUGCAGGAGUGGGACAUUCCCUUCGAGCAGCUGGACAUGGGCGAGCUCAUCGGUAAGGGCCGCUGGGGUCGGGUUCAUCGUGGACGCUGGCAUGGAGAGGUGGCCAUACGACUCCUGGAGAUCGAUGGAAACAAUCAGGACCAUUUGAAGCUCUUUAAGAAGGAGGUGAUGAACUACAGACAGACACGUCAUGAGAAUGUCGUCCUUUUCAUGGGAGCAUGCAUGGCACCUCCUCAUCUCGCUAUCAUCACCAGUUUUUGCAAAGGCCGGACGUUGUACUCUGUUGUCAGGGACACUAAAAACACACUGGACAUCAAUAAGACACGACAGAUCGCACAGGAGAUUGUGAAGGGUAUGGGCUACCUUCAUGCUAAGGGCAUUGUUCACAAAGACCUAAAAUCUAAAAAUGUCUUUCAUGACACAAACAAAGUGGUCAUCACGGAUUUUGGCCUGUUUGGGAUCUCUGGCGUGGUUCAGGAGGGAAGGCGAGAAAAUGAACUGAAACUUCCUCAUGGGUGGAUCUGUUAUCUGGCUCCAGAAAUUGUACGCAAGAUGAGUCCUGGAAACAACGAGGACCGACUUCCGUUUUCUAAUGCUGCUGAUGUUUAUGCCUUUGGCACCAUCUGGUAUGAGCUGCAGGCACGAGACUGGCCUAUUACCAGUCAGCCUGUAGAGGCCACCAUCUGGCAAGUGGGCAGUGGAGAGGGCAUCAGGAGGGUGCUGGCAGAGAUCAACCUGGGUAAAGAGGUCACGGAGAUUCUGUCUGCCUCUUGGUCAUAUGAAGCCCGUAAUCGGCCCACAUUCACCCAGCUGGCUGACAUGCUGGAGAAACUGCCCAAACUCAACCGACGACUUUCUCACCCUGGGCACUUCUGGAAGUCUGCAGAGUAUGUAUCCUAGAACCCCGAAACACUUUACAAAGCUUUACAUGCUGGAGAAAUUACAGAAGUGAUGAGCUCAGAGACACCACAUUGUAUCACACACUGCAAAGGAAUUUCACCAUCUUCAGUCAUUUAGUUCAUGAUCUUUACAAGCAGUACCUAUCUAAUAUGCACAUGAGCACUGUGCUUUCUACAAAUUAUGAGUUUUUAGGAAAAAAGUAUUCCAAACUUGCAGUAUCUGUGACGUUUUUGAUUGUUUUACUGUUAUUGUUUUGAGAAGUUUCCCUUUGUCUAAAAAGUGCAAGAAGCUGACCUUCUCAUGAUCCCAUUUUUUAGUUCAGUUGUUAAAGUAAUAGUUCAACCAAAAAGGAAAAUUAUGUCAUCUUUACUUGCUAUCAUGUCAUUCCAAACCUGAAUGACUUUGCUUCUUACAUAGAACACAAAAAGGUAGAAUGUUGUGGUCUGACAGUCUCAGUCACCAUUCACUUUCAUUGUAUAUAUAUAAAAGAUGCAAUAAAAAUCAAUGGUGACUGAGGCUAUCAUUUUGCCUAACUUCUCGUUUUGUGUUCCAAUGAAGAAAGAAAGUCAUAGGGUUUUGGAACAACAUGACUGUGAGUAAAUUAUGACAAAUUAUAGUCUUUAAAUUAUAGAAUAGGAAUUUAUGAAGAGCUCUUUGAUGCCAUUUUGCUUAGUUUUCUCUAAAAGAAAUGUUCAAGGUUCAAUAUAGUCAGUUAAAUUUGUGUAAAAUUUUUUUUACACAAAUGCACUUACAAUGAAAGUCUAUGGGGCAAGCUAUUCAGAAUUGUUUAACCCUUGUGUUGUGUUUGUCUGUGCUAACACCUUUUGUGUUCCCGGUCAAAAAUGACCGGCACAAUAGAGUUGUUAAUAAAUCUCUCAUAUUGCAUAUAUUACCCAGGAUAUUGCAUUAGAUCUUUUUGUCAACUUCUUUUUAAUUGUGACAGGUUUUGUACAUCUUUUUUGGACAUAUUUAAAAACAUUUUUUUAUUUUUUUAUUUAUUGAUAUUUAUUGAAAUUUAAGGAUUCAUUGAACUGAGCUUAUACUGGGCUAAUUGGGGGCACUCCCUGCAGAAAAAAAUAAAAUAAAUAAUAAUAAUAAUGUAAUAAAUUAAUAACCACUUGCUUGAUCUAAACAAUAUACAGUAGGUGUCAUUUUAAAGCUGAUAAAUAUAAUAAACAGGUGCAGCUUUUUACUUCCUGAAAGAUACAUAUAACAUAGACAAUGAUGUAUCGUAAUUACAGCAGACUGUCCCGAUUCAAACGAGCCCAAACACAACAUAAUAUGAAAGUAGAUCUUGAAAUAUUCCUCAAAGAGUGUACAUGGAAAGAUGAUGCACAAAAGGGCGCUCAACACACGUGUGUGUGUAUGUGCACAUGCCUAAGGACUUUGUGUGUUCUAACACAUCCACAUAAGUGCUCAUCUAAAGGAUUGGGAUGCUCCUGAACACUUCAUAUUUCUGUAUUUUGUUGUCUAAUCCAUUCAUUUUCAAAGGCCGGUCAUUUUUGACCCAAAAAACAACAGGUGUAACAAAGUGAAAUAAAAACAAAGAAAUGGAAUGAAAAUGGUCCGAAGUUUGUGUGUGUGUGUGUGUGUGUGUGUGUGUGUGUGUGUGUGUGUGUGUGUGUGUUUUCAGAUACCAUAUGUGAACAAAGUCAAGGAAUUUUAUUCCAAUUGGAUUGGAUGGAAAAAAAAAAAAGUGGAAAAAAAGAAAGUAGUCUGAAAACGACUGGAACACAACACAAGGUUUAAAGCACAUCUGUACACAAUUGUGAGUUAUUUGAGCUGUAAAUUUGUCCUUCUUUCCGUGGUUAUGUGAUGUGUUACAGCUAUAAAGCGAUUACAAGUUAAUGAUGUAACUCCUGUAGGUGGAGUUUGCUCAAUGUAAACAGUACAUUGCUGAUACGUCACAUCAAUACCUGGGUCCUUUUGUGUUUCAUUUUACAGUGUUUGGUGGCUUUACAGGAUCACUCUAGUGUCACAAGUCUUUCUAAACUUUCAAAAAGUGUGUAUUUCAGUAAUUUUCUGGUGCAGUGGCUUGCCCUAUAAACUUCCAUUGUAAGUGCAUUACUGAAUAAACAAUUUUUGUUUGGAGCACAAGUUUACAUUAUUGUCUGUUGUAAUCAACAGCAUGCCACGGAUGCUGUCAAUUGAGCUUAAGGCCAGUAUGCGUAUGCAGAUACGAGCGAUACAAAGCUUUGCUAAAAGCGGUCUAGUUUAACAUGCCUAAUGUGUGUUCUUGCAUUACUGUGUUGGUAACAAACCUCAGUGCUGAAGGGGGUGAUAGAGUUAACUCAAAAGUCUGUGCUAUUAAACUUGAUGUGUUAUUUUCCUGGUAAGUUGCUAUAAAUAUAUUGACUAGUUCGAAAUAUUCUCUUCAAACUGUUGCUACGCCUUGACAGUAGUUGACUUGAAAGAGAAAUCUCACCAUAGAAGUGGAUAGUUAACACUAAUGUCUGCUAUAGUGCCCCUUGUACCAACGUUGAGAAUGCAACGCGUACUUGCGUUGUGUUAUAACUUGUGCUCAGACGCAUUUCGGAAUGCAACAACUUACAAAAUCGAGCUUGUGUUGCUAGAAACUUCUGUGUUCACAUACUUGUGUAGAGUAUGUUUCGGCCUUAACUUUUGAACCCGGAUUUCCGAAACUUUCCUUUAGUCUCUUUUCCAAACAUUUACUGCUAAUUGUAACAUAUUCUCUCUUACUGCUAAUUUCCUCUUCUGAAAACUUGUAUUCCUUGUUUCAGAAUUUAGAACUAAACAUUAGCUACCUAAUCUCUCCUUUCUCUCUCUCUCUCUCUCUCUCUCUCUCUCUCUUCUGUCAUCUAUUUAUUUCUCUUUGUAGGUUGUAGCUGUGUGCCUAAAAUGUGUGCAAUGCAAAACACACAAACCCUGGCUCUGCCUUGCAUGCCCGCUGAAAGCCGGCCCUCCUCUGGACUUGCAAACUAACCAUCGCCUGCUCUUCCGUCUCACUUUCUAUGGUUCUCUGGGUGGUGGUAAUGGUGGUGGUGGGGGAGGACUUUUGUGGCGAUGCGUUAAAUAAAAUGCUUUGCCUUGUUUAUUCUUUAUUGAUUUCCUUUACUGGAGUGUGCGACUGGUUCUCUCUUCCUCUCCUGCUCCAGUUUGUGACGUCACGUGAUGCAAUUCCAGUUGGAUUCACAGGAUUCAAUGACACUUGGUGAAGAUGUAUGCCAAGCUCCUCUGCUUUUCUUUUUCUCCUUUUCUCUCCCUCUCUCGUGGUCUUGGUGCCUCUUAGUCCUGCGUGACAUAAGCUGAUUAUGUCUCUGAUUGGACCGUCUGGUUCAUGCAAACACACCUUUAGUUGUGACUCUUCCUCCACAGUGUCCAAUAGUAGAUGUUUUCGUUUCACGAAUGAUAAUGUUCUCAAUGGAGAGUUAUUUAGCCGUGAAUAUGGUCAGACCUAAAAAACCGAAAGCUUUCGUAACCUUAAAGGGAUCGUUUACUCAAAAAUGAAAAUUCAGUCACUCACCCUUGGAAGAAAGUAAUUCAGGUUUGGAAUGACAUGAGGGUGAGUAAAUGAUGACAGAAUGUUAACCCUUUUUUAAUAGGGUGUUUUUUAAGGACAUCUUCACCCUUUCAGUGUUAUAAUAUCUGGUACAGAUUGCGAAUAUGAGCCAAAGAGAAGUGUGUGUGUCUUCUCGCCCAACUAUAGGUCUUUUUAAUAUCAAGGAUGUUAAAACCAGAUUCCUUUGUACGAAUUAUAGAGCGUUAGAUGAAAUGUUCCAUAAAGUUGUGUAAACACGAACUCUCAAGUGUGUUUGUGUGUAACGUGCGUGUUUGUAAUGUUGUGGACGGGUGUGUGUUUGUUCUGUGAAAGACUGGACUUUGUGAUUUGAAAAUAUCAGUGACAUGUAAAAUAUUUAGGUAUAAAUAUGUUUUAUUUAUUGUACAGUCAAUGAACAGAAUUCUUUUAAUAUUUAUAUGGACAUUUUAUAUAUAUAUAUAUA